AUGGUCCAAAAUAGCGAACUUAAGAUUACUGGAUUAUUUAAUGCACUUAAUGUUCGCGCUGUUAAGCCGGUGAAACAGUUGGAAGCGUGUAAGAAAUUGGUUGAAUUGCUUAUAAACAACCAGAUUGACUUUAUAAAGCAAAAAGGGUACCAAGAUCUUAGUGCAUUUGAAGAUUCCCCCAUUUAUAAAACAUUCUACGAAUGGUCUUCAACCCCUCUUCUGGACUCAUCAAAGCUGCACGAGUAUGCACUUGAAAAACAUCAAUCAUGGGAUGAAGUGGCAUGUCCUGAUUUAAUAUACGGACUGUCUCGGCUUGUUUCUGGAUUGGCCUCUAAUCAUUCUCAGGUCAGAUCUUCUUUUGCUACAUGCCUUACGGCUGUCCUGCGAAAAAUUCCGCAUUAUAUUCCUCUUCGUGUUAUUAUGUACGCAAUGUUUUUUAAGCUUGGCGUGUCUCCCUUAGGACCCCAUGAGACCAAUAAUUCACACGAUUGGCUGCUUGGGAGAAUUUGCUUGCUGGUCAGUUGCAUUAGAGCAAAGUUAUUCAGUGAAAUUAGUAAUCCUUCCCUGUUAAAAGCAUUGUUAUCCCACAUUCUUUAUGAAUGCAUGCCUGCUAAGUCAUACCUUAGCCUUGGCUUUGCUAAUGUUUUUGUUGACAUCAUACUUCAAGUGCCGUUUGAUUUUCUUAAAGAACCUUCAUUUACAGAUCUUCUUUUCGCGACGGAAAUCAAAACUCUUGAUCAUUUUUAUGUUAUACUCGCGUCGUUCUCGAUAUUUUCUAAAAAAAACCAAGCUUUUCCGUCACAAACGGUAUUGAUACAAGCAUGUAUGGAUGAAGCUAUUUAUGGUUCAAUUGGGUUUCACAGGGAUACCCCGCAGAUACAUCCAAUAUUUAAGUACCUAAUUAGCUUUUUGCUUUCUACGUCAAUUGAUAUUUUUCGCUCUUUUUGGGAAAAGAUUAUUCUUUCAGACUUUAUUCUAUCAAAAAGUCAUGGUAAAAAUUUUUCUGCGCUUCAUAUUACUUUGCACAUUAUGGAAGAUUGUUGUCGCCUCUCUUCUGAAAGGGCUUCUGAAGUGAUUUCCAUCUGUUGGGGAUUAAAAGGCAAAGCCCAAAAGCAUCACAAUUUGCUGCACCGGUUAUUUAGGGAAACGAUCUCGUUUAAAGAGUCUGUUUUAAAAGCCGUAGCCACUGAAAUUCUUGCCAGCAUAUUUUUGAUGGCUGAAAAACUGCCAAAGGAUGCCUGUAGGACCUUUACAUUAGCAAUGGAGCAAAAUCGAACCUUUUGGACCAUUCAACCAUCUGCUGCCUCUAAACUAUGGAAAUCUCUUUUUACCAACCUUCUAAUUACUUCAUCUUCCUCUGAUGAUUUGUCACAAUUGAUUAACGGGCUUUUGUUGGAUUUAGAUUCGGAAAAGAUCAUCCUUAAUGAACUCAACCACAAACUCAAGUUUAUAUUUGGGUUUCUCAUACAGAACAAAAAGUCUCUAGAAAAAUCUUCACUGCACAGUCUCAUUAUGGAGCUUUGGAAUUGUAUCCUAAAAGUCCUUUCUCACAAUUCAAUUGAAGUUGAAGCAAAAUAUGAAUGUUUCAAUCGAUUUAAGCAGCUUCUUUCAUCCGUUUUUCUUCUAAGCUCAAUGUCUCAUAAAAGCUUGGAAUAUUGUUCUUCUGAAAAGGAGCUUCUCAUUAACAUUGGCUUGAUAAAUUCCUUGAAUGCCUGCUUGUUAAAGUCGUUUGAUUCCUUAUCUACCAUUAAACUGAAGAAGAUCCACGUCCCAUUGACUUCAUCCAAAUUGCUUUCAAUCAGCCUUUUCAACUCGUGUCUUAAGCUAUUAUAUUAUGUUUCGGUUGCUCUUUACCCGUCCAGAGACCAUCAACAGCUAUUUGAUAUGAUCAAUGACCUUGCUUCGUUGUUAAAUAAUUCCGAGUCAAAAAAGAUAGAUCAAUUACGGAUUCCAUUGGUUGACCAAUUAGUUGAUAUAGUACUGGCCUCGCUGUCGAUCGAAUUUUCGCUCCUUGAAGGACCGAUAUAUGUUACAAUUAUCUGCUGGAAAGAAAACUUUGCUGCUAGUUCUGUUGAUCUUUUGGUCCAAGCCUUGACAAGCCCUCUAGACGAAAUUGAAGACGAAUAUAGUGAUGGAGAAAAUUUUGAUAGCGACAAUUAUGAUGAUGCUGUUUCGGAGGGCCUUAACUCGGAUGACUAUACGGACCAAAAUGUGCCUGUUGACAAUUCAUCCUCACCAUCCAUCGUUAGUAACAGUCCUUUUCUAACCGUAUUGCCUGUCAACAGUUCUUUUGGGGGGUCCGAGUGCUCAGAUAUCCCUUUAGAGUCGAUUUCAGACGAACAGAUGGAAAUAUUUGAUGCAUCGUUGAAAAACAUUUCCUUUUUGCUACGUAAAAAUUCUAAUGAGAAGCAAUUGCUUAAAAAAUCACUCGCUUUUUAUUCCAGAGUGUUUUCGAUUUUGUCGUUUGUGUUAAAUUAUUGCUCAAGUGAGGUUUUUGCAACCUUUCUGGAGACCAUUCCACUAAUACACGCUUGGCUUGGUUCUCUUUCUAAAUUUUCUAAAGAUACCUCUAUCGUUGAAUUUAAAAAACGGAUUCUUUCGCAAAUUGCCAAAUGGAAGCCUAAAGCUAAAUAA